UGGAGAGAUGCCAUCAGAUGCCACCGCACCGCUGCAACUUCGCGUGGAGCACAUCCGAGCGUCACCCAGCGACGCUGCGGAGCUGCGGCCGCGUCCCGCCCCGUUCCUGCGCCCGUCCCGCCCCUUCCCCCGGAUGCGGGCCGGGAUGGCGCUGCCCACCCCGCGCUACGAGCACCUGGGCCCGCGGGGGCCCUUUCGGGACGUGUACGAGCCGGCCGAGGACACCUUCCUGCUGCUCGAUGCGCUGGAGCGGGACGCGGACAGCCUGCGGGAGGCUCGAGUCGAGAUCUGCCUUGAAAUAGGAUCCGGAUCUGGUGUGGUUUCAACAUUUGUGGCUUCUUCUAUCCUUGGACCCGGUGCACUGUACAUAUGCACAGAUAUCAACCCCAUGGCAGCUUACUGUACCCAGGAGACAGCUCUGCUGAACAAUGUUCACCUGCAGCCUGUCAUCACUGACUUGGUCAAAGGAUUAUCCCCAAGAUUAAAUGGGAAGGUUGAUCUGCUGCUGUUUAACCCACCAUAUGUGGUAACACCUUCUGAAGAGGUGAAAAGCCAAGGAAUAGAGGCAUCCUGGGCUGGGGGCAGACAGGGCAGAGAAGUCAUGGAUAGACUUUUCCCACUAGUACCAGACCUUCUUUCACCAGGAGGAUUAUUCUACUUGGUCACAAUUAAAGAAAAUAAUCCAGAUGAAAUUCUGGAAACAAUGAAGAAAAGUGGCUUAAAAGGCACACGAGUGCUUUCCAGGCAAGCAGGACAAGAGAUGCUGACAAUCCUCAGAUUUAGGAAAUCUUGAUGACUUUUCUUCACCUGCCAGGUAGUAGGCAUGAAGAAAAUUGAACACAGAGUUGUCAGUUGGUAAACACUGAAGUGAAUGCAAUCUGCCCUUUGUUAAUGGCAGGAACUUACUCAUACAAGCAAAAGAUCAAGAAAGAAACUAACCCAAAAACUGAGCUAGGGAACAAAAUAUCAAUGGGUGAUAAUGAUCUGAUAUCCUCUGACAUAACCAAUGGCACACACCAGAGAGUCUCACUUCUACAAGCCACGCACACGUAUCAAUUUUAAUUUGUAGUCUUCAGUUGUCAUUGGUCAGAACCAGGAUCAUUUGACACCAUCAGCAUUCACCACAAACUGCAAAUUUACAAGCAGCAGCAUUAAGGUAUCCUUCUGUUGGCUUAAAAAGUUCUUUCCUCUCCCAGGAUCAGCGUUCUCAGCACGGAUCAUUUGGCCUUGACUAAGGACCAGAGUCCUCCACGUCCCUCUGACCUUCAGAGAAGAAGAAAGAGCCUGGUUAAAAUACACAGAUGCUCAGAGUUCAGCACAAAAGCAUUUGGAGGAAGUUUGGAUCAGGGCACAGAUGGAAAUACAGUGGCACUUUAUACAAUGCAAAAUGUGAAGGCAGAGUUAGGAGUUGUUUCACUUGUUCUCACAUAGCUGUGAGAGUUUUACUACUCAGGGUACUGAACUUCUCAUCUCUUCCGACACAUGUUCCAGCAGCAGAUAAGGAGGAUUCUCCAAUUCUUCAGUCCCUUGUUAUGAGCACAACAGCUCUGCAACCCAUUAGAUACCUUCCCUCAGCUUCAGAGGUGGCUUCUCAAGGAAUGAUGGAAAAUUUUAUUUUAGUCAUUUUACAUAUUUAUAUUGCCAUUGGGAAUUUUUUUGAGGAAUGCAAUUUUGCAAAUAGAAAUUUAAUUUUAGUCCUUUUCACUUAUUCCCUCCCAUUUUAAAGAAACACUAAUGUAGAUUUUCUGGUGUACACUGGAGGGUUUUCUGGGGCUCUCAUUGUUUUGUCUGUGGACACAAAGCUUAAAUAAGUUGGCUUCAACUCCCAGCUUACUUUUGAGCAAAAUAAAAACCAAACGAGUUUAGAAGGGGUAAGAUGGAAGUGCAUAAAAGAAAAAAUCCCAUCAUGGUUCUGUAGAGACUGACUUGCAAGAGUUUUGUGUAAUGCUCCUAUAAAGAUUAUUUUGAUAUUUGUAAUAAUCUGUGUCAUUUUAGCAGUGCUUUAUCACAGGAGGGUACUGGGCACAGUGUAGUCCUCACAUCAGUCCAAAUUAGCACAGCCUCUUACUCAAAAACUUUUAGAGUUGAAAGUGGGAUGAUAAUUAAAUGUGGUUAAGCAAAAUAAUUGCAGAUACACUGUCAAAUUAAGGAUAUUUUGGCUGCAGACUGGACCUAGAGCUUGUAGGAUUUCCAGAUUUCAAGCUCAGGUUUCAAUGCUACCAAAACCUUUGGCCAUGGUUCAAAAGUACUUUGUCCUCAGGUGCUGGAGUUGUUAUCUGGCCAGUUACUGAAUAUUUCUCACUUAUUAUCAUUAUCAUCCUCUUCAGUUAAAUUAGGAGGCUCUGCUAUGGUAGUGAAAUAAGACCCAUUGUCUGCAGGGUGCACUGAGCACUGCUUUGGCUUCUGUUCUCCACCUGUACUGUUUAAUAGCUACAGACAGGUUUAAUUAUGAGGCCACAUCUUAAUGUAAAUUUAAUAAUUGCUCUGAGCCAGCAUUACCUGAGGAAUCUACAGGAUUAUCCUUUUUAUCAACAUGACUGGAGAAACCUUUAUUGUCUGGGCAUUGGAAAGAGAAGGUGAUCCUGAGAGUCUAAAAAACAUCUGUCCUUCUCUGGCUCCUGUCUCCCCUCACAGAGUAAUGAACAAAGCUGCAGGGUUUUUUUUGCUUUUUGAAAGGUGUUCCUGCCCAUGAGGUUUUGAUUUUACAAGAAGCAAGAUAGCAGAGAAGAAGGAUACAAAGCUGGAUUUUAAACUUCUUCAGUGCUUCUGCAUGACUUAAAUUCAACAUCAAUCCAUUAAGAAGUUGAAAAAAUUCACUAUUCACACAAUAAUCUGCACUGUAAGGGAUGAUUGUUUCUGCUGUUUGUUCUCAGGAUCUUCAUAAGGACAAGUAAUUUGGA